AUGAGUGCUGAGGAAUUCCUCGCGGAUGUCGAACGCGGCGCGGUGCCGGUGGACUGCCAUGAUCGCGUGUUGCAGAUAGCUUUUAUCUAUAUGGAUGAGGGGCUGUGGGAGGGCAACGGCGUGUUCGAUGUUGUAGAGAAGCUGCACGCGCGCGGGCGGUCGUUUGGCGAGGGCGAGUUGAGGUUUAAUCGCACUCUGGAUAUCUUCUACCUCGCCCAGCUCGCAGCGGCCAUCUACCGCUCCUCCGCCCAACUCACCGGCGACUUCCCCUCCCCCUCGGAUUUCCCCGCCUUCUACGCCACGCACCGUGCGCUCCUCCACUCCUCCACAUGGCGCUCCUACUACUCCGCUGCCUUCCUCGCCCAACCCGCUACAGCCCGCUUCUACCGCCUGCCCGACCUCCAAGACCUGCCCGACUCCUCCUCCCCGCUGGGCCAGCCGCGCCAGCAACCACUUACCAGUGGCAGCGCACACGCCACGAAACUCCCUCGCUGGGCCUACAGUGUCGCGCGCACGCGUCGCAGGCAGCUCUCCCUCCCACUAGUGACUCUCACCCGAUUGGCCCUCAACACGCUUGAGACGACCACCGCGCGCCUGCGCACAGCCCACCCCAGCGUGCCGCCUUACUCGGAGACGCAAGCGCGCUUCUGGCUCGAGCAUAUGGAGCUCGGUUCCCCUGGCCCAUCCGGCCCAACCAAAGCAGCUUCCCAGCAAGCGUGGAAGCCGAACGGCUUCGGCGUAUUGGUCGCGCAGGGAGCGCUUGAUGUGUACGCGUGGGAAGCGCAGUACUCGACGCAGCGGGACAGUGGGGUG